AUGUCAUCAACAGAUACAGCCAAAAAUAAAAUAGAAAAUGAAGAUGAAGAAAAUGUAGAUAAUGCCACAAAUGAAAAUACAGGCAAAAAUGAAGAGAACGAAAAUUAUGAAAUUGAAACCAUCACCACCAGAAAUAUAGAUACCAAUAUGGACGAGGAGGAUGAAGAGGAUAUAGAUGAAGAUAUUGAAGAAGAGAACGAAGAGGAGAACGAAAACGAAGAAGAGGAAGAGGAGAUAGAAGAACCUCCACAACCACAAAAAAAUAGAGGUGGCAAGAAGCAACCUAACAAAAAAGAAAAGGAUCAAAUGGAGCAAAGUGAUGAGGAAGAAGAUGGCUAUACAGACUCUGUUGAAGAGGAAGAGGAGGAAGAGGAGGCCAAUCAAAGAGAGCAAAAUUUACAAACAACAACAAGAAGAAGAGGUAGACCAUCAAAUCAAUCGAAAAUGAAACAAUUAAUGGGUUCAAAUAAUAAUCAAUCAUCAGAGUCACCACUUGCUUAUAGUCCAGAAGGCACCAACAAUAGAGGUGGUAGACGUCAAUCAAAUGCAGGCUCGCAAAUAAGUAAAAAUAAAAGACAAAGAUCAGAUGAUGAAGAAAAGGAUAGUGAAUCUUCAGAAGAGAUAGAGAGCGAUGAAGAUGAGUCAAUGGAUGUUCAACAAAUGGGAUCUAUCAAUAAAUCCGAAACAUCAGACAAACCACAAAGAGGUCGUCCAAAGAGUGUCAAUAAUACUGGAUCAAGAUCAGAAGAAAGAAAAAGAAUUCAAUUACAACAAUAUAUUCAAGCUAAAGGGAGUGGUUUACUACAAACAUCUGAUAUUCAAGUUGUCUAUGAAGAUUUUGACGAUGAAGAGUACGAUGAAGACGAUGAUUCAAAGAAAAAAAGUAAAAACAAAUCAAAGAACAAAUCACAAGCAAGUCAAUUAGAUAUAAGACCAUGUUGGUUCGUUGGUUGUGUCAAGGCUGAUAGAUCAUUGAAAAUUCUUAGACCAUGUUUAAUUCCAACAUGUAAAACUCAUGCUAUUAAAAGCGAGAUUAGAAUUAGUGAUGCAUUAAAAAGAGGAGAUUUUGUUGCAGAUGAAAGUACUGGUGCCAAAGAUAAAGUUUGUGGAAUUUGUGGUGAUAAGAAAGAAUUACAACAUUGUACCAACAAUAAUUGCAGCUUUGGUUUUUGUAAUGAAUGUGUAGGAAUUGCCGCUAUGAAACAUAAUAAUCAAGUCACUGGAAACAAAUGGGGUAAAGAAAAAGAAAGAACACGUUGGGUAAAAGAGCAAUUUAACCCAGGUUUACCAUCAAUUGGAAGAAAAUAUCGUAGAGCAUUGGAAGAGGUUCAAAGUAAUGGUGUUAUCACACCAGAAAAACGUCAACAACAACAACAAGGCUAUGAUCCAUCUAUUUCACCAAAUCAACAACCAAAUAAAAGAUUAAGAAAGAAGAUCAAUAAUGAUAUUACAUUUGAUGUUUCUAAAAAAUAUAAGAAAAAGAAUCAACAAGAAGAUGAUAGUGCCCCACCAUCACCAACCACCGGUAAAGUUGUUCAUGAACAAGGUUUCCCAGUUGGUUCACAUAAUCCACCAUCACCAAACACUUUAAUGGGACAACAACUACAACAAUUACAACAAACUCAUCAACAAGCUCGUCUUUUAAAGAGUAAUCCUCAACCAGAAUCAGUUUUAUCACCAGCUAGACAACAAGAAACACCAGUUGACAAUUUCAUCGAUCAAGCUUUUAGUGCAGUUAAAUAUUUUGCCUCACUCUCACCAAAUGCCCCAGAUGGAAUUAAAGAAAAAGUUGAAUCAUUCGUUGAAAAUGUUAUGAGAGUUAAAACUAUUCGUUGGUCAUCAAAUUAUGAUUUAGUUUGGAGAAUGAUUGAUGACCUUGCCACUCUUGUAAAGAAAAAUCUUGGUUCUUCUCAAUCUAUUAUGGAAAUGUACAAAGAAAUUAGAAGCCUCGAAGAAGGAGAAUUAGAAAAUAUGACCAAUAACUCCCAAAAUAUUCCAUUAGAUAGAGCUAUCACUAUGGUAUUUGAUAACCAUGAAACUGCAGGCCUCAUUGGUAAAGAGUGCUGCUCCGCCAGAAACUCCCUCAUCUACUCUAUCGAAAUGGCCCUUCGCUCAGUUGCCGAUUAUCAACGUGACCUAGAGCUCACAAUUGUCGAAGAAACCGUUAGAAGCAAUAAAGUCACAAGUGAAAUUGAACAGAUAGACGAGCAAAUUAAAACCAAUCUUGGUGAAAUUCAUAAAUUUAAAUUCCAAGAAGUUGAAUUACUAGACUCGCUCUCUAAAGUUCGUGGUGCCAUUGCAGCUCAUGAGGCCAUUCGUGAUACUCUUCAAAAGAAGUCUAAUGAUUUAAAAGUUGACAUGUUACUCAUUAAAAACAAUAUUUCAAACAAAGAAAAAGAAACCAAAUCCCAACAAGCUACCCUCGAAAAUGAAGUUUAUGCUCUAAAAUUAAUCAUUAAUAUGGUAGAAUCAAUUUAUUGGAUUCAUGACUACUUUUAUGAAACUAAAGUUAGCGAAUGUGAAAAACUUAUCAAUAAUAAAUUACAAAUGUUACAAAAUAGAUUGGAUUUACAAAUUCCACGUGUUCAAUCACUAUUAUAUGAUAGAGAAGGUAACCCAAUUAUGGACCAACCAGCACAAGGUAUUCCAAAAAUUGAAAAAUUCAAAACCCUUGCAAUUUAUCACAAGCUCUGUAUGAAACACAAGGUACCAAAUUUCCAUUUAGAGAAACCAGAUCGUAUUCAAGUUACAGUUGGUUGUAUCAACGAGUAUGCAGAUAAUCCAUUGGUUGAUAUUUUAGAUAAUCCACCAGAGGUAGAUAUGCGUUAUGUUAUGGCAGUUCACGAUGCCAACUAUAUUAAAAAGCUUGAAACCUCUUUACCACCAGAAAAUUCAGAAUUUGAAACCCAUUUAGAAAGUGAUAAAUCUGGUGCAAUGGUUACUGUUGCCUCUCAUAAAGACUUUGAAGGUGAUGAUGAUAACAUUUAUGAUACAUUUGUCUCACAUCUUUCAAUGAAGGCUGCAUUAAGAGCUUCAGGUUCAGUCUGUGCUGCCGUCGAUGCUGUAUCAAGAGCUGGUUACACUCGUUCUUUCUGUGCUAUUCGUCCACCAGGCCAUCAUGCAGGUCGUUAUGGUCGUACUAGUGAUGCCCCUUCACAAGGUUAUUGUUUAAUCAACAAUGUUGCCAUUGGUGCCAAGUAUGCAUCAUUAACUGCUGGCUAUAGUAGAAUCGCUGUAGUCGAUUUCGAUGUUCAUCAUGGUAAUGGUACUCAGGAAAUUUUAAGUGGUGAUGAUAAUUUCCUUUUCAUCUCAAUUCAUGUUUGUGAUGAAAAACGUUAUUUCUAUCCAGGUACAGGUCAAGAUGUUGGAGCUGAACCAGAUGAAGUCAGUGGUAAAUAUGAAGGUAAUAUUCUUAACAUUGGUCUCAAGAGAAACACUGGUUCUGUAACUUUCCUUAAUCAUUGGGUCAAUAAAAUUAUUCCUCGUCUCGAAGCUUAUAAACCACAAUUAAUCUUUUUAAGUGCAGGCUUUGAUGGUCAUAAAGAUGACCCAACCAAUGGUUUGAAAUUAAAUGAAGAGGACUAUUUUGUCAUCACUAAAAUGAUUAAAACUGUUGCUUUCAAAUAUUGUAAAGGUAGAAUUGUUUCAGUUUUAGAAGGUGGCUAUGGUAUCGAAAAGAACAACUCAUUACAACGUUGUGUUAAUGCUCAUCUUAAAGCUCUUAUUGAAGAUACCGAGGAAGAAAUUCAUUUAGCAAACAUCUCUUAUGGCCACUUUAAUGGUGAAGUUUCAAAUAGUUCAAUUCCAAAAUUCAAUAUCAGUAAUUUCAUUAGUAAUCCAAACAAAAGAGGGAAAAAAAAUAAUUUAAAUACAAUCAAUUUUAUAAAUAAUAAUAUGAAUAAUAUUAAUAAUACAAUUAGUAGUUCAAUAAAUAGACAACAUAAUAAUAAUGGUAAUAGUCAAGAGCCAAUAAAUAAUCAAACCACCACAACUACUACCACUUCAUCAAACCCUCAAAUUUCUAAUGAUGGUGAAAAUCAAAAUAACUCAUCAUCAUCCUCCUCACCAAUUUUAAUAAGUAAUAAUAAUACUAGUACUAAUAAUAGUAAUAACACUAAUAAUACCCAAAUGCCUGAAGAAAUUAUAAUUCAAGAUGAUAUAGUUGAAAUUAAAAAUCCAAAAAAUAAUAAUAAUAAUAAUAUCAAUAAUGCACAACCAUCCUCUCCAAUUGGUGGUGUAAAUAGAAAUCUUGGUAACAUUAAUAUGAGCGGUGCCCAACGCGGAAUAAAUAAUAAUAUUAAUAAUAUUAAUAAUAAUAAUAAUAAUAACAAUACUAAUAAUAACAAUAAUGUACACGGAUAA